AUGUUCGCGACGCGUGCGAACCAGGAGAACGCCGUACACGCCCAGCAACUGGCCCCGACCGGGAAGCCAUUGGCCCAGAGUUCGAAGCAUCUCGCGCCCAAGACCCCCGCCAAGGCUCCGAACGCGUCCAAAACUCCAUGGAAAGCUGGGAGGAAUGACGAGAACGGCAAAGCGGGUUUUGGGCAGCCCGGAGGCAAGGAAGGCAAGGAAGGCAAGGUCGACCGGAGUGCUUUCGUGACGCCGGCCAAUACCCGAGUUCGUGCUCCUCUUGGAGCCAAGACGGGCAACGUCAAGGCUUUGCGCACUCCCAGCGCAGCGCCGGCUCAGGAUCGAGCGCAGUCCUCCGUCAAACCCACCAGUCCGCGUUUACGCCGUUCCAAGAUCAAGGUCCAUGCUGGAGAGCUCGAGACGCGAGUCGUCCCGCCCGAACCGGAAGAGCGCGAG